UAACAUAUCGUUCAACACAGACUCGCGAUAAAAAUCGAAGACGACGCCAUCUGUGUUUGUAUGCAUUAAAAAGGAAUGAAAAUUUCGUUAAAAUUGUGUUAAAGCUGGAAAUAUAAGCAAGAUAUAGGAAUUGGUGUCCUUAAAGCAUUUGAGAUCCACCACAGUUAUGGCUUUACAAACAUAUGGCGAUAAGCCGGUGGCUUUUCAAUUGGAGGAGGGAGGUGAAUAUUACUAUGUUGGAUCGGAGGUGGGAAAUUAUAUGCGCCACUUCCGCGGAAUCCUGUACAAGAAGUACCCGGGAAUGACACGUAUAGUGCUAUCUAAUGAAGAGCGCAAACGUCUGGCAGAUUCGGGCUUAAGUUCACAUAUCCUAGCUAGCUCUGUUUCCCUUUUAAGAGCAGUCGAAGUAGAUGAUAUUAUGGCCGGCAAUGAUGAAAAAUACCGAGCAGUUUCCGUUAACACAUCAGACACUCCAGUUGCCCGGGAAAGCAAGUCCAAGAAGCAGCCGCAGUACGUUCCAACUAUGCCCAAUUCGAGUCAUUUGGAUGCUGUACCACAAGCCACCCCAAUUAAUCGGAAUCGUGUGCACACCAAGAAAGUACGUACCUUUCCAAUGUGUUUUGAUGACACCGAUCCCACGGCCAGUUUGGAAAAUGCUGCUCAAAAAGAAUGUCUGGUUCCAAUUCGCCUGGAUAUGGAAUUGGAAGGCCAGAAAUUACGGGACACCUUUACUUGGAAUAAAAACGAGAGCAUGAUCACUCCAGAGCAAUUCGCCGAAGUGUUGUGUGAUGAUUUAGACUUGAACCCGUUGCCGUUUGUGCCGGCUAUAGCCCAGGCCAUAAGGCAGCAGAUCGAAGCUUUUCCAAAUGAUCCGCCUAUUCUUGAAGAGAGUUGCGAUCAGCGGGUAAUAGUCAAACUUAAUAUACAUGUUGGAAACACCUCACUAGUUGAUCAAGUUGAAUGGGAUAUGUCAGAAAAGAACAAUAAUCCAGAAGAGUUUGCCAUUAAGCUCUGUUCCGAGUUAGGUCUAGGCGGGGAGUUUGUCACGGCCAUAGCUUAUAGCAUUCGCGGUCAAUUGUCGUGGCACUGUCGCACUUAUGCAUUUAGUGAGGCCCCAUUGUCCACCAUAGACAUUCCCUUCCGGGUAGCCGAUGCAGAUGCAUGGGCUCCAUUCUUGGAGACGCUCACCGACGCAGAAAUGGAAAAGAAGAUUCGAGAUCAGGAUCGUAACACACGGCGUAUGAGACGUCUGGCCAACACGACAACAGGCUGGUGAGCACCAAUCUUAAGUAAAAUCAAUAUUAUAAUCCUCUCAAUUAUCUGAAUAAUAAACAAUACUUGUAUGUGUCUGUCUUUGUAUGGAAA